AUGCCUCUGAAGACAAUUCUGGUGACGGGCUGCUCCGCGGGGGGCAUCGGCGCUGCCAUCUGCGGUGCGCUGGCCACGCGCGGCCACCACGUCUUCGUGACCGCGCGGGACACAUCCAAGGUUCCGGAAAGCCUGUCCGCCCUAUCCAAUGUCACUGUCCUCAGACUCGACGUCUGCUGGACCGAGUCGGUCAGCGAGACGGCCAAGCUCGUCGCCGAGAGUGGCCGCGGCCUCGAUGUGCUCGUCAACAAUGCCGGCGCCGGCUACGCCAUGCCGUUGCUCGACGUCGACAUUGAGCGUGCUCAGAGGCUCUACGACCUCAACGUCUGGGGCCCCAUCCGCGCGGUACAAGCCUUCUCCAAGCUUCUGAUUGCCAGUCGGGGCCGUGUCGUCAACAUAAGUACCGUUGGAGCAGUUGUGAACACUCCGUGGAUAGGUACAUAUGCCUCGUCCAAAGCCGCCUUGACAAACUUGUCCGAGACUCUGCGCCUGGAGCUGUCUCCUUUGGGUGUCACGGUCGUCGCGAUCAUGUGCGGCACCAUAAACAGCCUAUUCCACAAUAACGACCCAGACUUCCACCUGCCGCCAACUUCCUUGUACAUGCCAAUCGAGAAGACGAUUGCCGGCUGGGCAAGCGCCGAGCUGAAGCCAAAGGGCAUACCGGCUGAGCAGUUUGCCGAGAUGCUGGUCGAAGAUAUGGGCGGGAGCGGGACGGCCGGACUGGUCUGGAAGGGACCGAAUUCUAGUGGGAUCAAGUUCGUGUCGCAGUUCCUGCCCCAGUUCUUGGCAGAUUUUGUGGUGAGCUAUACGCAGGGCUUGAAAGAACUCAAAGGGCACAGGGCUGGAUAG